AUGGAUCGAAACUUCUUAUAAUCUUAUCUAGUUUAUACAUCUAAUAAAUCUUGUCAUUAUCAUAAUUUCUAAUCCUUUAUUAUAAGAUUCUAUUGGAGAAUAAAAUACGUUUCAGAAGAUUUUGAAUUAUUGUUUAAAAAAUUCCAAAUCUAUAUUUUUUCAUGCAGUUUCAACAUAAAAUAGCCAUAUUUAGAAUCUUCUUAAUCAUUUGAUGAACUAUUAUUAAUUAUUCUGAAAUCUAUGAAUGAUAUUUAAUAAUAUUCAACUUAAAGUAUAUAAAAAGUUAAUUAUACUGGAUUUUAAUAUCAUUUUAAUGGUUCUAUUAAGAAUUAUCAAAAUAUUGAGUUUAUAAAUAUUUUAGUUUUAUUUUAUUACAAUAAAAAUAUGUUUUUAUCCUAAAACUUCAAAAUUUAUUGA